GGAGCACGGGGCUCACAGACACUGUCCCACUGAAGGGGCAGCUGCGGACCAGCGGGCUAAACUCGAAAAGCAAAUGAGAUCUUUAUGGGACAAGAUCCAGGAAAAUCAGAGAAACCUGAGAGAGGAACAAAUAAUGAUUAACCAUUGGAUUGAAUAUGUGCUUCUAGUGAGAAAAAUGACCAGCACCGAAUAUGCAGAGCUUCACCCAGUUCUCUAUAAGGAAGAAGAACAACACUUGGAGGAACUGGAAAGGGAGAGCUGGAAUAUCCUUCAGCAACUCAAGAGAAGUGUGGCCCAAAUAAAUCAAAAGCGGAAACAACUAAAGGAAAUGCACGAGGAACUGGUGGGCAUGUGCCACAAACCAGAUGAGGAGCUGCUGCAGGAUUUGGGAGCCCUACUGAUGAGGAGUGAGUCUGUGCAGCUGCACAUGCCCCGGCCUGUGCGUCCAGAGCUCAGCAUCAGAGCCAUCACUGGACUGAUGGACAGAUACAGCCGCUACCGGGUGGAGAUUUCUUUCCACAAUGAAGUAAGCAAUCAGCACAUCAGGCUGUUUGACGAUUUGAGAGACUUCACAUUUAGAUCUCACAGUCAAGAUCAGUCUUUGAAUCCUGAGAAAUCUAACUAUUUUGCUGCUUGGGGAGACCAGGUCUUCACUGCUGGGAAGUAUUACUGGGAGCUGGAUGUGGACGACUCUGGAACUGGGCUCUAG